GUUAAUACACAAAAGCAUCAUCAUCAAAACGAAAUCUGUUGUUGCUUGUUGAUGGUUUUUAUUUAAACAAAACUUAUACAACAACAAUCAUCAUUUUUCGUUUUAGUGUUGAUUUGGCUUAUCUUGGCGUUGCUGGUUUAGUGUACUCACCCAAUAGGUUUAUAAAAUAAAUCCUCAUCGAUUCAUUUUUGUUAGUUGACCGAAAAAAUAUCUGGAACAGAACCCUAAAAAAAAAAAAAGGCUGUAACAAUGAAAGAAGUUGGUACAAAAGCAAUACCGGCAUCACGUCGUCAUAUUGUGAAUGAUCCAAAUGAAUUACCCGAUCGAUAUUCAUCAACACCCGGUGGUACAUUAUAUUCCACAACACCUGGUGGCACACGAAUCAUUUAUGAACGAAAUUUUCUAAUGAAUCUAAAGAAUAGUCCAUUAGCACGUUCACCACCAACUAUGGCAUUCAUACCCGGCGUAACCAAUAUUGAACCCACGGCACAUAAUCCUAAAUAUGAAGCACUUGAACCGAAAAAUAUUAAAAAUAGUUCCAAAAUUGUUGUUAAAAAUCACGCUAAAAAACAUCAUCAUCGUGAUGAACAGCCGCAAUUCGAUAUUGAUAUCUAAUCCCAGCCGAUUCAGAUUUCAAUUAACAUUCAUUGAAAUUGUGAUGGCCAAAAUAAAAAUAAAAACUCAAGUUGAUUGAUUACAUCCUCAUCAAAAACCAAAAAAAAAAAAAAAAAAAAAAUGAAAAAAUGAUUUCACUUUUCUCAGAAUUCAAAAAAAGUUCUUUCUUUUUUUUCAGUCAUCUCAAUUCUCAAAUUCAUUAUUUCUACAUUUCUGCACCACAACAAGGCCAUCGAUGACCGGUUUUUGUUCUUCGUUCAAUUCGUGUUUAGUAUAUUGUUAUCGCAAUAAAAAUGGGAAAUGUUGAUGUUCAAAAAGCCAAGUGAGACAACAACACAAGCUCAAUUUGAAUCAAAUUUCGAUUCAUUAGAAGAAUCGAUGAAUCAAUUUGCAAAUUCAACUACUACUUCAUCUACGACAUCUUGCCAAUUUAUAAAAAAAAAAAUGUGAUAUUUUGCUUGUAUAAUAUAAAAUUAUUAUUUUGUGAACAAAAACAAACAAACAAACAAUAUCGAAACACGAAUUCAAACACUCACUGUCAAACUUUGUAUUUUUUUCUUUUUUUUCAUUAAUUAUUCUCCUUGUUAUAAUUGAU